UUGGCCCAUCGCUUCAGGCAUCCUCCCAAGUCUCGACCAUUUUGCAUUUGCCCAACGUAUGUUCAGACUCAGCUGUCAGUCCAUAUCGGGAUUCUUUACCCAGGCGAACUCUCCAGCACUCAAAAAGGGAUCUUUCUUGCUCGCUGUUGCUGACGACUACAGCCAGCGUCACACGUCAAGGAAGAAGAGAAGGAAGAUACUGAAGAUUUCUACUAAAGGGCCAACUCAUAAUGUUUUACUAAUUCUUUACAGUGGGGUAGGUACAAUGCAAAAAUUUGAGGACUUUUCAAGGAGUUAUGUAGAUUUAUAAGCUAAAACAUCAAUUGGGUUUGGUGGAAAAUGGUGUCAAUACCAUCUAAAAACAUAUGGAUGAGGAGGCAGCAAUGUCCUUGUGGGGAUUGGAAAUGUUUUCUUGCAUACGAAGGAGAGGCUGAGGAUACUAUUAUUUCGCCCGAAAGUGCAGUUAAAAAUGUUGAUUUCGGGUCGUCCGAAGCUAUGGUUGCCCCUUAUGUGGGAAUGGUAUUCAAGAACGACAAUGACGCUUUCGAUUAUUAUGGUAAUUUUGCAAGAAAGAGUGGAUUUUCGAUUAGAAAAGAACGCUCGAGAUUGAGCCAACAACUUGGUGUUUACAAGAGAGACUUUGUUUGUUAUCGUGCUGGGUUUGCACCUGCGAGAAAGAAACCCACUGGGGAGCAUCAGAGGGAUAGGAAGUCUGCCCGGUGCGGGUGUGAUGCAAAGAUGUACUUGUCAAAGGAAGUGGUAGAUGGUGUUUCUCAAUGGUUUGUUGUGCAAUUCAGCAAUGUGCACAAUCAUGAGCUCCUGGAAGAUGAUCAAGUGCGUCUCCUUCCAGCUUAUCGUAAAAUUCAUGAGGCAGAUCAGGAGCGCAUUCUGUUGCUGUCAAAAGCUGGUUUUCCAAUACAUCGCAUUGUCAAGGUGCUUGAACUGGAAAAGGGAAUUCAAGGUGGACAACUGCCAUUUCUAGAAAGGGAUGUCAGAAAUUUUGUUCAAAAUCGCAAGAAACUCGUUCAAGAGACUGAUGCUUUAUUGAAUGAGAAAAGAGAAAAUGACACAAUGGAUCUUCUCGAGGCCUGCAGGGUGACUAAAGAGUCUGAUGCAUACUUCGUCUAUGAUGUCACUGUAGAUGAAAAUGACAAGGUGGAGAACAUUGCUUGGUCAUAUGGAGACUCAAUUCAUGCCUACAACAUGUUUGGUGAUGUAGUUUAUUUUGACACGACAUAUCGUUCAAUGACUUAUGGUAUGCUUUUUGGAGCAUGGCUAGGGAUCAACAACCAUGGAAAAAUUAUUUUCUUUGGUUGUGCUUUAUUGCAGGAUGAGACACCUCGUUCAUUUGCUUGGGCUUUACAGGCUUUUUGUCGUUUUGUGAAAGGAAGAUAUCCACAGACAAUUAUCACUGAUAUUGACCUCGGACUGAGAGAUGCUAUAAGAAGUGAAUUACCAAAUACCAGGCACAUUAUUUCUAUAUGGAACAUCCUACCAAAAGUGUUCAGUUGGUUCUCUCUUUUACUUGGACCAAGAUAUUCAGAACUCAAGUCUGAGCUUGAAGUAUUAUAUCACGUUGAGAGCACAGAAGAGUUUGAGUAUCAGUGGAGUCAAAUGGUUUCUCGGUUUGGACUUAACUCAGAUAGGCACAUUUCUUUGAUCUUUUCCCUCAGGCUGUUUUGGGCAUUGUCUUACAUAAGAGGUUGUUUUCUUGCACAAAUGGCAUCUAUAUCAUACUCGAAGUCUGUAGACACAUUUUUGAAAGGAAUUUUCAGUGCUCAGACUUGUUUGCGUAGCUUCUUUGAGCAGGUAGGAAUCUUAUCAAAUUACAAAGCUCAGGCAGCACAUGAGGACUUGCAGUAUAUGCAACUUCGGACAUGCUUACCUCUUGAACAGCACGCACGAAAUAUACUUACCCCAUUUGCGUUUAAUGCUUUACAGCAAGAAUUGAUCUUAUCUAUGCAAUAUGCUGCUUCUGAAAUGGCUAAUGGAUCAUAUCUUGUACGUCAUUUUAAAAAGAUGGAUGGGGAAUACCUUGUUAUAUGGAUUCCAGAAGAUGAACAAAUUCACUGUUCGUGCAAGGAAUUUGAGUCUUCAGGAAUCUUGUGUAGGCAUGCUCUUCGAGUACUUGUGGUGAAAAACUAUUUUGAGCUUCCUGACAAGUACUGUUUGAGUCGAUGGCGACAAGGAAACUCAUUAGUUUCUUAUGGUGAGCAUGGUAAUCAAAUUGGAAUUGAUAAAUGGUUUCAGGAAUUCAAUUGUCUUACAGAAACAUUAUUUUCUGAAGCAUCACUAGCAAAAGAGCGUUCUGAUUAUGUGCGUAAGGAAAUUACAAAAGAACUCACAAGACUCAUUAAUGAAGUAAGAGAUAUGCCAUGUAAUUGAAGGGCUAUUGUAACUUCAACACUCUUGACCAAUUAACGGAUUGUACUAGAAUCUGCUUAAGUAGAUGCACCUACUUAACAAGCUCUUUGUUUCCAAAACUGGGAUAUAAGGACAUCUAAGUGAUUUUACAAUCAGAAGGUUAUGGAGGGUGUGAAAUUUUGGAGAUGAAGAUUACAGCUUGAUAGUUUGGCAUGGCAGCUUCUCUAAUGACUAAGGGAUUACUACGUUAGCAUUAGCAUCCGCUGUCCCUGAUCAAUGGAAGAAAAGCCAAACAAAAUCUUCUCUGAUUUUGUUCUCCCUUGAGUUGGAAGUGUUUAUGAUCUGUUGUACGAUAGAAAAGGUAUUGCAGUCACAGGGUCUAACUACUUAUUCCUGCCUACUUACAUAUAUUAUAGACUCAUGUAAAUCCACUGUAAGUAGAUCAUUUACUCAUAGGUUUGGAAAGUCAAAUUCUAAACCACUUUUGAGCUAUUUAUUUA